UCACAUUAUUUUGACAGUUUCGUGAUAGGUGACGUUAGGUGGGGUACUCGUAUGGUUCUCGUAUUUUGCUUACAUAGGUAUUUUAGAAUUAAUGACUUGUUAUUAUAUGAAUGGUCGAAUAUAGUUUUUAUACAUUGCGUCAAAGCCUGACUGCUUGUGGUUAAACAACUCUACUAAUUACCAAAAUUAAGUCCAUACUCUCUUCAGUCAUGCCGUUAACUAAGCGUAAGCAAUCGGAAAAAGAGGAAAAAGAAGAUCUAAUUGAAAGUGGUGAAAAUGUCGAAGGUGGGCACAGUAAUAUCAAAGGAGAUGAAUUAAAUAUCGCAGUUUUAUUGUUUCUGUAUACCUUGCAAGGUAUACCAUUAGGACUUGCGGGAGCUGUGCCUAUGCUUCUUCAGAAUCGCGGGAUAACUUACACUCAACAAGCAGAAUUCAGUUUCGUAAACUGGCCUUUUAGUGUGAAGUUACUAUGGGCACCUAUUGUAGAUGCUCUAUUUUGGCCAGAAUUUGGCCGAAGAAAAACAUGGCUUGUACCUGUUCAGUAUUUAAUUGGAAUUGUCAUGAUCAUCAUGUCAAACAGCAUGACGGAUUGGCUUGGCUCUGACGAUGUUGCACCUUCAAUGACAAUUCUGACUAUAUCAUUCCUGUUUUUAAAUUUCCUCGCGGCCACACAAGAUAUUGCUGUUGAUGGAUGGGCCCUCACUAUGUUGAAAAGAUGCAAUGUUGGACACGCAUCAACCUGUAACACUGUAGGCCAAACCGCAGGAUUCUUCCUUGGAUAUGUAAUGUUCUUGGCUCUGGAAUCUCCUUACUUCUGCAACAAAUACCUAAGGAGUGUACCAGAAGACACUGGGCUAGUUACCUUAGCCAGUUUCCUUCUCUUCUGGGGCUGGGUUUUCAUCAUCACCACAACCAUUAUAGCGGUAUUCAAACAUGAAGCUAAUGACAGUGUGAACACCAAAGAGAAUAAUGUAAAAGGUUUUAGUGAUGUUGUGAAUGCUUAUAAACAACUGUAUACGAUUAUCAAGCUGCCUGCCGUGCGUACUUUAGCUCUCGUCCUUUUUACUGCUAAGCUUGGAUUCUGUGCCAGUGAUGCUGUAUCUGGACUCAAACUUGUAGAAGCAGGAGUGCCGCGAGAGGACUUGGCCCUACUUGCAGUUCCCUUAGUCCCUGUCCAAAUAAUCAUGCCUGUGAUUCUAGCAAAACACACGACUGGACCCGCUCCGCUCUCGCUAUGGCUUCGGGCCUUCCCGCUGCGGCUGUUAGUGGGCCCCUUGGUGGCCGCCCUGGUAGCCGUCACGCCUAGUCUCCUAGGCAAUGCGGGCCCAACCUACUCGUAUCUAUUUCUAUUGUUGUGUCUCUAUGUAUUUCAUCAGACAUGCCUAUACUGCAUGUUCGUAGCAGUGAUGGCGUUCUUCGCUAAAGUGUCAGAUCCCGCGGUGGGUGGCACUUACAUGACAUUCCUGAACACUAUGUCUAACUUGGGCACGAACUGGCCGAACACGCUGGCUCUGUGGGCCAUCGACCACCUCACUUAUAAGACCUGUUCGCUGACAGAGCUGAGUGAUAAUACUUGCUCAUCUCAACUGGAGGCAGAGCUAUGCAAAUCAAAAGGCGGUACGUGCAACGUGAGGAUCGACGGAUUCUACAUAGAAACUGCCAUUUGCCUCGUCAUCGGCUUCAUAUGGCUUCAAUGGGGCAGGCCUACUAUACAAAAGCUGCAGAGACUGCCGGCGUCCGCGUGGCAAAUCAGCCGGUACAACAGAUAAGACUGAAUCUCUCAUAUUCCGCUCUAUGUAUAUAUUGUAAAGUUCAAGAAAUACGUCUUGUUUUUCCUAUAGUAAAUCUAACAUUAAUACUACUUAGAAGAACGCUGAUUCUGUUGAACAUGAACCUGUCCCUUUUCACUAUUGUUAACGUUGUAUAUUUAGUCUCUUCUGUAAUACGAAGAGAACGGGUAUAAAUGAAACCUUAUUUGUAUUAUUUUUUUACACUUUCAAUGACUAUGAAAUGUGUGUGUAUAUUUUCAAGGCGUGUCCUGUUCGGCAUUUCUAAGUAGGUUGUUGUCAGUUGCCUUCCUUUUCUCACAGUAUACGUAAGUAAAGGACGCGUUGCUUUAUGUUCGUGAAAAACAGAAUCGGCCACUAUAACUUACUAUGCUGUCAUUCCUCUUUAGACGUAUGACUAAUUCAAUACCUUAUUAUUCAAUAGCAACUAAACUAAUUCUUAACUAUAUGCUCAACUUUUCUGACCUUUCAAAUUGAAACUCAGCUGUUUGUACCGUGUGACUAGUAUUAAAUAAAUACACACAUGCAAUUUGCACAAUUUUAAUAAGUGAGAGUAUUGUUAUAUUUGUAUUUAACCCCUAAAUUAUAGAAGUCAAUGGUUGGUCUUAGGCAGCAGUUUAGACAUAAUAUUCUUAUGAAUUUACUUUUAAUAGGUGCUUUAUGCACGUUUGUGAAAUGUGAACCAUGUUGUUUUUUAAUCAAGUGAUAAAAAUUGCUUCAAGUGUUUUUAUCGCUACAUUUAGUAUAAUACCUUUGAACAUUAGUGAAGGUUUACCCUGACUGAAGCUUGUCAAAUUGCCCCACAUUAUACUAUGUAUAUUUUAAUAAACUAUAUUUGCAUGUAUCGCAUAUUUUUACAAAACGUGCAAUACAUUAUUCCAAAUAAAUUAAUAGUUUUUAAUAAGUCGACAGUCGACGUAUUUAUGUAGCAAUAAGACGAUUAAAUUAAGAUUUUUAGUUCAAUUGAUUAAUUAAUGAAAUUUUGUUAUUGGUUUCUGUCACGUUGUCGAUUAUGUAUUGUUUACGUCCAUUGUUUAAUGUUUAAGUAUUAUUGUAUAGCGUACAACGUCUAUUUUAAGGGUUAUUGUAUUCGUCAAUAGUACAAAUUAUUAUUAUUUUCAAUACUUUCUGUUCCUUUUGUUAUGGAAGUUCUGUAGAUACGAAGUACAGGGAUUACAAUGAUAACAGCAGUAGUGACGUACUUAUUAUUAUAUUUCUUUAUGUACACAUCAACAUUUAAAAUAUACAAUCUUUUAACAACGAUGUAAUAGUUCGUUUUUUUUAUAAUUUUUUGCGCAAAUUAUCCUAACACUAAUACGGGAAGGUGGAAUUAUUACGUAAUUAUAUAAUAGUACAUUUGUGUAAAGCAAUAACAUGCAAUAAUCUAACGUUUAAACCUUAAAUAAAUAGUAAAAAUUAACACUUUGGAAGUAACUAUUUUUCUCUUUUAGUGAGACAACAGGAUGUAUUUUACUAGUAACAAUUUGUGCAUACAUCAACAAUAUUACCAUGAAGCAUUUUCCUUGUGUAACAGUAAAUGGUUUUAAAACAUAA